CACAGGGUUAUGCAGCCAACAUGGUGGUAUAAAGCCAUUCCCACUGCCUUCAGUGGUCUUCAACAUAUUCAAGCAUGGCUCGGCCAGGACUUGUGGUCUUGCUUUUCCUAAGCGCAGUGAUAUUAGAGCAGGCUUUGGGGCAAACUUCAAGAUCUAACCCUGGAAGGUCAAACAGAGCCCAACUAAGAGAUGCAGGAAAUUAUGAUUUAAAGUCACAGAUCAACAAGCUGUGGCACGAAGUGAACUCCCUGAAGGAAAUGCAAGCACUGCAGACAGUUUGCCUGCGUGGCACGAAAGUCAACAGAAAGUGCUACCUGGCCAUUGUUGAACCAAAACACUACCAUGAAGCCAACGAAGACUGUAUCGCUCAAGGAGGAACUUUAGUUAUCCCUCGAAACAUUGACGAGAACAACAGCCUCCGUGAGUAUGCAAAGAAAAGCUCUCCCGGAGCCAAGGAGUUCUGGAUCGGAGUGACGGACAUGGUCAAGGAAGGGCAGUAUGUCGAUGUCAAUGGAAUGGCUAUUAGUUACUUCAACUGGGAUCGUUCAAAGAAUCAACCUACUGGAGGGAAACGAGAAAGCUGUGUGAUGCUUUCACUGUCUGCGCAAGGGAAAUGGCAUGAUGAUGUUUGCCGCAGCAUGAAAAAAUACCUUUGUGAAUAUCUAAUUCCUUAAUAUAAGCAUUUCCACAGUUAAUAUUAACUGAAAAAUGCACCUUUUGUGUCCCAAUGCUGGUCAUCGUGUCUAUUAAAAAGCUUCAAACAUCUUUUUGUUUACACUUUUUACAUUUUGUUGGUGUCGGUAACAGUUCAAUUGAAGGUUAUGUGCUAUUUGUUAAUUACUGAGCAAUUGUUAGAAAGCAACUGUGUAGUUACAGUGUCAUUCUACUGUAAUAAGCUACUGUAACAUCAAAUAGUAACUACUUAGUAAUUACUGCCAUUUAUAUUUUGUUAAUUAUAAUUCAAUACAGUUGUGUUUAUUGUAUUUCUUGCUCUUAUUGUAUUACUUGUAUUGUAACACUUGAAAUGUAUUUGCUUACGAUUGUAAGUCGUCCUGGAUAAGGGCGUCUGCUAAGAAAUAAAUAAUAAUAAAUAAUAAUAAUAUAAUCAAGUCACUCUUUUAAAAAUGAUAUUGAACUCACAAUGUGUGUAGUAAUUACAUGUUCAAUACUGCUAUUGUAAUAGCAAGUAAUACUAAAACUAUUACUUAGUAAUUGUUAUGUAAUGUGUAUCUAACAACUAAAAUAUGCAUCCCCAUAUUUACUCUUAACAAUUGAUGUUGAUAAAUGUGAAGUACUGUAGUUUCAAUGUCUAGAUGUAUUUCUGAACUUCCAUUAACCUUUUAUGAUGCUUGCAAUAGUUUUGAGUGGUAUUCUAAUUCAGAGUCCUAAACAUUUAUCUUUAAUUGGCUUUCCAUUGAAUUCAGUGCUGCUGGUAAUCAUAGAUGCCUCAUGGUCUUUGAUUCCCUCAUGAGAGACAUGGUAGGCUAUUUAUAAAACAUCAAAAUUGCAUUUUAAGCUUUUGGCUUUAUACCCUAUUUAGGCUAUGAAGGAUGAGCUCAGUGUCAGAGUGUAGUCCUCACAUACUGUGAGGCUGGAGCUUCCAAUACCACAUAACUCCAACAGAGGGCAAUUUUACAUAAGUGCAUUUAUUGUGCGACAAUAUCAAGGAAACUUAUAAACUAAAUCGUUGGCCUGUACAAAAAUGUGUUAAAAAGAUCAAAUUGUUGAUUGGCGACUGCUUCUUCCACAACAAUAGAAAUCUAUUCUUCACAAAUGCACAACCCAUUGACAUUUAUGGAAUGGAUUUAUAAAUGUGUGCAAUAUUCUCAAUGGUAAGUGUUGCAAAUUCAAUUCAUGUAACCAGCAAUUCAAAAAAAUAAAUAAAUACAAACGUUUCCAUGGCAGUACAUACUGUAAAUUAUAAUUUUACAAAGCUGUGGCCCGAUUAUGGAAAACUUAAAAAAUGUGUUGCAUUUCAUUUACGAUUUAGGAUCGCUCUAAUUAAAUUCCUUGACCUCUUAAAGGUGAUUUAUCCAAGCCCUCCUGCUGGCAUUCCCCCUAAUUAUAUUUUAUGAGUUUAAUGCUCCCUGGGUUCAUUGGACAGAGCUUGAAUUUAGUCACAGACUCCCCACUAUCCCAAGUGAUUGCUGUUGUACCAACUGCUGUCUUUGAACUUUCAGCAAAUUACAGAAAGCUUCCUUUAUACCUAAAUCAUUACCUUGAGUAUUAGAUCAUUUUUAAAUUAAUAAAUAUAGCGAUGACAGCCAUGUGACUAUUGCUACAUUACAUAUUAAUAUGAUUUUGCUUUAGAUUCACAAUUUAAACUGUUUCUAGUUCAAAUCCUAGUUUAAAGGAUAAACCUCAAAACACAGGUAUUUAUUUGCACAAUUGAUGACAUUCUUCCAAAUAAAGGAGAAAUUCUCAACUUUUUGUUUAACACCAAUUACUAUAAAACAUAACUGCAUCCUAGGAUGUGCAGUAAUACUAAAAGAAAACAAAAACAUCAAUGACAAGCAUUUCAACAAUUUGUUGAAACUUUUGUCUAAGAGUUUUUGCUUUCAGUUUUUGUUUUUAGUAUUACACCAAAUAUUUAUUUUACUGAAACGAAUUACCACCAAUUGUAAGACAUCACUAGACUACAUACAGUCACCAAAAUGAGACAUCUAACAUGUUUAUACCUGUCUAGGUUUUCAGUAGUAUUGCUGUCUGUUUUUCCUUUCUGGAAAUCUAGCCCAUACAGUAAGUGUGCCAAAGGGAGUUCUCUGUUUCAAAUUUGCCUGGAAUGACUGCACCGGUUUUGAUUACUGAGGUGAAUUGAAUCUACUAAGGAGACCAUUUAUGGAAUACAUCCCAGAUUUAUUAAAGUCAUUACUGUACAUCAGGGAUUUUAUUUCAACUUGCUGCCAAUAAAACAAAUAAACACAAUUACAUUUAAAUCUGGGCAAUUGUAACUAACACAUAGCCAAGGAUUUGGAAUUAGAAGAGUCCCCCAGGAUACUUGUAACUUAGAUGUUGCAUUUUUCAGGCAUUUGGACCUCAGUUAGCUUGUUUACAGUAUUCUCAUAUACCAGUAGAUGUCUUUCUUUAGUAACAAGUCACUUGUAUUAAUCACAAAACGUAUAUAUAAAAAAGAUACAUUGUGUCAAAAUAAAGUGGGUAUUGGCACAAACAGUACAGAACGUUUGUAUAAGACAUAAUUUAAUAGAUAUAUAAUAUAGCGAUUUGUCAAAGUUCAGUUACAUGUUAAUAAAAAGUCAAUAGAUAUGCAAUAUGGGUGCUUGUGUGUAUACAACAUUAGAAUGCCACAAAUUCCAUAUGUGUUUUAUAUUGAGUACUCUAUUAUAAUUAAGACUUAUGCUGUAUUGUCUUGCAAAUAUUUAUACUAUAUAUUCUUGCAAAUAUUUGUGAUGCAAAUCUGUUUGUUAACUUUUAACCAAACUUCAAUAAAUGGGUAAUUUCA